AUGCGGAAAGUCGGACUGAAGAUGGCAACAAACUUGCUUAUUCGAUUGCCUUCAUGCCUCAUGUUCAAAGGAAAACAAUACCAUGGUGACUCUUAUGGCCCUUAUGCUCCACCAAUAGAGACGGUUCGCUCUUUCUUUCCUGAGACUUGGAUAUGGGAUUUGUUGGAAGUUGGAGUCAAUGGAAAAAGGGAUGUGUCCCUCACCGUCCCAGACACCAUCACCACCUGGGAGAUGGAUGCUUUCUGUUUGUCCUCUCAGGGUUUUGGUUUGGCUCCUCGUAAAGAAAUGAAAGUCUUCCAACCUUUCUUCCUUGAACUCACCAUGCCCUACUCCAUCAUCCGGGGGGAGCACUUUGAAUUAAAGUGCCUUCAACACUAUUCUUCCCUCGGUCCUGAAGAACAAGCUGGAGAACUCAGGAGUGGACCAUCACCUCACUACCUGGAUUCUGGACUACCUCACCGACUGGCCACACUGAACUACCUCCAGAUCAAUGCCAGUAAAACCAAGGAGCUGGUGGUAGACUUCCGCAGGCACAAACUGUUAGGUUCACAGCUUGAACCCAUUCGCUGGAACGUUGAAGGCGAUGUAAUUACACAGCAAAGCAAGACACAAGUUACUGUCACUCCUGAGCCAUCCUCAGAUUACACCCUCACACCUCUCUCUGGUGAUAUGUACACAUCCUGUUUGUGUGCCAACGAGCGCAAGACCCUCAGGUGGACCAUGAUCUCAACAACCUUAGGUGAGCAUCAGGCUUUUGUCCACCACACUGCCAGGAAAUGGCAGGCUGAGUAUGACUCAAGUGCAGGACUCAGAAGGCAGGAAGUGAACUCUCAGGAGGUGACUUAA